AAAAGUCACACCCCACAGCCGCUUUCAUCGACUCCCGGAAGUUGCAACCUCUCUCCCGGCGGAUUUCGGAUCUCGGAAGCGCGCGAGGUAACCAAAGUUUGUGCUCAUGGCUCGUACUAAGCAGACUGCUCGUAAGUCCACUGGAGGAAAGGCUCCAAGGAAGCAGCUAGCCACCAAGGCUGCCCGUAAGUCUGCUCCGACUACUGGAGGAGUGAAGAAGCCUCACCGCUACCGCCCUGGGACUGUUGCUCUUCGUGAGAUCCGCAAGUACCAGAAGAGCACUGAGCUGCUGAUCAGGAAGCUCCCAUUCCAGAGGCUUGUUAGGGAGAUUGCCCAGGAUUUCAAGACUGAUCUGCGUUUCCAGAGCCACGCUGUGCUUGCCCUUCAGGAGGCUGCAGAGGCGUACCUGGUGGGUCUCUUCGAGGACACCAACCUGUGCGCCAUCCAUGCCAAGAGGGUGACCAUCAUGCCCAAGGACAUUCAGCUGGCCAGGAGGAUCCGUGGUGAGAGGGCUUAGGUGCUCUGUCUCUGGAAUGCCUCUGGACACCAAUGUUCCGCCUAUCAGCUGAACACUUAUCGUGUGUCAUGAACUACUAAUAGCACUAGUCUUGUUUGGGAGUAUGUCAGUACCGUACUCUGUGUCUAUGUUUUAGAACUUGGUCGUUUGUUCGUUGGUCUGUCAAAGCAUCCAGCUGAUGGGUGUAAGUCUUGUUGCUAUCUGAACCUUGGAUUUAUGCUUGGUAAAUCGAUAAUAUGUGAACUAUUAGAAGAUUA